AUGUUGUUUUGUAAAGCUAAAGGCGGGGGAGAGGAGGCUCCAGAGAGCCCGUCCGGGCGUUGGGGUCGCGAUCUGCUGGCCAGGAGCCGCCUGGGGGCGGGCGUCGGUCUGUCCGCUCGCUGUAGGGACAGCGACCGCCAAACCGCCCUGACUCUUAAAAAAGCGUCUGGUUUUCCUUUUCAGGUUGCAGGUCUUCUCUUUCAAACAGCCAAAGAUGCCGGUCUCGAGUAUGACUGCGUGUGCGGCGUUCACUACACAGCAUUGCCGCCGGCCACGAUCAUUAUCUGCUCAGAAAAUCAGAUUCCUAUGCUUAUACGGAGGAAGGAAGCAAAAGACUAUGGUACUAAGCGGCUGGUAGAAGGCACUAUUAAUCCAGGAGAAACAUGCUUGAUCAUUGAAGAUGUGGUAACAAGUGGAUCUAGUGUACUGGAAACUGCAGAAGUUCUUCAGAAAGAAGGAUUAAAAGUCACAGAUGCCAUAGUGCUGUUGGACAGGCAGCAGGGCGGGAAGGCCAGGCUAGAGGAACGAGGAAUUCGCCUGCACUCUGUGUGCACGUUGUCCGGGGUGUUGGAGAUUCUCCAGCAGCAGGGAGAAGUGCCUGUUGAGACCGUUGAAAAGGUGAAGAAAUUCAUUCAGGGAAAUAUGUUUGAGCCAGUGGCUCAGAACGGCCCCGCUCCCAUGAAGAGACUGUGUAAAGAGCUGAGCUUUGGCGCUCGUGCCGAGCUGCCAGGGGUACAUCCGAUCGCAGCCAGGCUUCUCGCACUUAUGGAAAAGAAGCAAACGAACUUGUGCCUUUCUGCUGAUGUCACCAGCUCCAAAGAGCUGCUGCAGUUAGCUGCCAUCCUGGGCCCCAGCAUUUGUAUCAUGAAGACUCACGUAGACAUCCUGAAUGAUUUCACCCAAGAGGUAGUAAAGGAGUUGAGAAUACUCGCAGAUCGACAUGAAUUCUUGAUUUUUGAAGACAGGAAGUUCGCAGACAUUGGAAACACAGUGAAACAUCAAUAUGAAGGUGGUGUGUUCAGAAUCGCAUCCUGGUCGGACAUCGUUAAUGCCCACGUGGUCCCAGGCCCUGGAGUUGUGAAAGGUCUGAAGGAAGUAGGUCUUCCUCUCCAGCGCGGCUGUCUUCUGAUUGCUGAGAUGAGUUCCCAAGGGUCACUUGCAACGGGUGAAUACACAAAAACUGCAGUACAGAUGGCUGAAGACAACUCUGAUUUUGUCUUUGGAUUCAUAUCUGGAUCUAGAGUUAGUAAUAAACCGGAAUUUCUUCACUUAACUCCAGGAGUGCAGCUGCAAACUGGAGGUGAUAGCCUUGGACAGACAUACCUUAGCCCCAAGGAGGUUAUUAGCAAAAAAGGUUCCGAUAUCAUUAUUGUGGGACGUGGCAUCUUGUCAGCUUCGGACCGUCUUCAAGAAGCAGAGAAGUACAGGAAGGCAGCUUGGGAGAGCUAUGUAAGCAGACUUGGUAUUUGUGCAGAAGAUUGAAAGCCCGCCACUUCCCUAGACAGUAAGCAAAGCUGAUGGAACUGCAAUCAUCCGAGACUUCCAGUUAAAUACAUAGACACUUCAGCCAGUAGAAAACUGCCUUUUUUGAGAAAAAUCUGUUAAUAACUAAAUUAUUUUUAAUUGUGCACACACAGAUCAAGUUGUAUAUGCCAUGUUUGGUUUUUUUAAUAUUUGAAUAUAUGAAACCAAAACUUCAUGCCCAGUUUUUAGCCUUAAUAGCUUUUCUCUGCUGAAAAAUGUUGUACAAAACACUCCAAGGAUAUUUGGCUGAUGUUGCUUUUGUCUCUUUUCCCCACCCUCAAAUUCCUUCUGGCUGUGGAAAACAGUAUUUUACUGUUCUGAAUAACCUGCAGACCUGACCUGCUGUCCCACUCUCACAGGAUUACUCAGCUCUGCUGUUUCCAAGGAGCAAGUAUGGGUCUUAAUCCCAUAGUGUGAAAUUGAAUAAUGUGCUGUUUAAUAAAUACUCUUUUGCUACUGUUUUCCUUUCAUUGGAUCUAUAAGUCUUCUGCUGUGUCAGUGUGCAAUACUGUUUUCAGAACCCCAGUAUUAUUAAAAAGUCAUCCUAGUGUGUUUGUGACUGCAGGAGUUAUGAUUCUGCUUACGGGAGCUACAGAGAAUUUGUCAGAGCAACUAGUUGUUGUGUGCUUAAUUACAGUGGAGCUGUUUGUUCUUCUAACGAGAAACAGAAACGUACUUUCUAUUUGUAGAAUUUUUGUGACAGUAGCUGGAAUAGUUCCAGGAAUUACUUUCUACUCAAAAUAAUGAAUAAGAAGAGGUAGAAUUAUCUUGUAUGAUUGGUUUUGAUUAGAAAGGAUGGAAUAACCUUAAACUAUAUCUAGCGUAUCUGUGGUGGAAAUUGGCUUGCAUUUUCAUUGCUGUCAAGAAGGCAAAGAGGAAUGGUGAUGCGGUUCUAGAUUGUUGCUGUUCCUGUGCUGAUGCAAAGCACAUGGAAAAAGCUGCGUCCCUUUGUUAAUAUGCUUACCUGUAGACUAGGAACAACUGUAUCUAGCGAGAAGAGUUUUUUGGCAUUAGUACUGGACUCUUCACUAAGCUUUUCAAAAUAGGAGAUUGGAGUUAUGCUGAGGUUCAAAAGCGAGAGUUUUUGUUGAUUGUUUAUUGGAUUAAUCUACGCAGUGUCCAAGACCAAGGAACACAGGUUUGGAUCUGAGGCCUUUCCCUUACCCUUCUUGUAUUUGUGACAUUGUGCUCUGUUGGCAGUCAGACUUCAGAAACAUACAACUGUAAGAGGUCCUCGCUGUCUGGGUGUGUUGGGGGUGAUGACUUAACCCUUUCACACUCCACAUGCCCUGUAAAUGUGCUUCCACUCCCCUUGAUGACCCUUGGUUAUUGUGGAGAGAAUGUUAGAACUUACUGAGUGUGUUCUGUUUACCUUGGGGCUACCGUUUGCUUCAGUAGUCUUCUUACAGCUCAUGAUUUACAUCUGGAGAAUUCCAUCCAGGGAAGGUGGAGGCUCUCUUGGCCACCUUUCACAGCUAGAACUUGAUGAGUGUGUUGUGUCUUGUGGAGCCACCCUGCGGCAGUCUGUGAUUCGUGUAAUUUCACAUCAACUUCUGAGAAGUUCCAGUCCUAAAAAGUGAAUGGAGGAUUUGGAAUUUGUUUGCUGCCUUGUCUUAAUUAUCUCAUGGCCUUGAGGCCUGAAGCAGAAACAAGACUUUCUCACUGAAACAGGUUUGCAGAAAAUUACUUUUUCCACCAGAGGGAGCUGAGACUCUAUUUUUCAGGAGAGUCGACGCCCUAGCUCUUUUACAGCUAAUAGUUUCCAACGAUGAUACCAACUCUAGAUACGCUUAGGAUGAAAAUCUGUCUGGUUCUCAACAAGUUACACCCUUGCUGAUGCCCUCAUUCAAAACAGUAGGGUUUACCAGAAAGCUGCCUGAGGCUGGAGUUCAGCCCCGUUUGUUGUUACAGGCUCACUGUUACAGGGCAAGCAGAAUUUUGUGAGUUUGGUAUUUUCCACUAACUAUGCUGAAGUGGGUGAUUGACAUCAAUGCAGCUGAAACCCUGAGCAGGCUCUUCGGAGAGCUAUUUCAUCAGGCCUCUAGCUGAAAAAAUAGCAACCAGCUUUGGAGAGGUGGAUGUGAUCUAAUACCCAGUCACUUUGAGAGGAUACGUGCAACUCCUUUUCUUUACAAAACAAGUUCUGAGGAACAGAUCGAUUGGAAAACUUCCUUUCGCAGUCCUUCAUUGUGCCCUCAGUAAAUCAUCCGGAAAGAGCUGUAUUCUGGUGCUUCGUUUGACACCCAUGUUGCAAACAUUUCAAUUAGUAAA